AUGAAUUUUGAAAACCAAACUGAACUUGAUAUUGAUGUUGAGGGAUCACAACUCUUUGAUCCAUGGUUCCUUUAUGGUAUAUCAGACACAUAUGCUGAGGGUAAACAUAAAGUGUUUGACCAAAGUGAUUAUCCUCCAGGUGUAUUACACUCAAAUUUCGAUACUUUAACAAAUGGAGCAAUGUUAAAGUCGUUAUCAAGUUGUCCUGGCUUAAAAUCUACCCAUUGGCCUCCUAGACGUUCUGAUCUUAUAAUAGCUCGAAAGAUCAUUGGGGAGAACGCAAAUAUAAAAGGUUUUAGCAUUAAAUAUUCCGUGGAUAAGGUUGUUCCAAAACCGAGUUGGUGGUUUGGGCUAUUGCCUUAUGAGAGGUAUUCAACUAAGUUUUUAAUCAAUCGUUCAAAGCUAAUUAUAGCGUCGCUUAUCGCCAGUAUACGCAUUAAGAUUAGACACAUUUAUUGGAAAUCUAGAGUGAACUGUGUUUAUCCUUUAAGGCUUAUCAAAGAUCAUAUCUAUGAAAACAUCAAUAAUUUUUUAGAAAAAACGCUCAAUGAUGCUUCUUUUGUGUUGAAAAGACUCACACCGCCUAAAACAAAGUUUCGCCUUUUCAGUCUUGGUGAUACACCAUCAUUGUUAGGACCUUUCCCGAUAGAGAUCUGGUUAAAAAUCAUUGAACAAUCAAACAUUGAUAAGAAAAAAGCAGUUGAUAUGUUUUAUAAUUCCAUGUGGAUAGAUCUUAUAGCUCCAAUAUUAUAUACCAACAUCCAUUGUUUCCUAUCCAUUAGAAAUACAUCGAUGUUGAGAAUCACGGAUCACGAUUUCGUUUACAAUGGUCCAACUUUGGUUGAUUAUGGAUAUAGCGAUUACAACAAGUAUGCAAGAUUGAACAAAGUGGAAGAUCACGAGUUUGAAGUCUUGGAUCUCUAUCCAUCUUCAAAAGAAAGGAUGGAAAAUUUAAUUAAUACGAAAACCUCAGAUCGUGUAGAUCAAUCUUCAAUUUCAAUUGUCUUGAAUCACAAAUCAUUACUCAAAUUGGUAAGAACAUUGAAUACCAAGAAUAGUAUCAUGAAGAAAUAUCUAAAGAAUAUCUCCUUAGAUGUGUUUGCGCCUUCUGAUUGGAUGACUGCUGAAGGCAGUAAAGAAGUUAAAGAAAGAGUUGGUACCUUAGUAAAAAAAAAUCAUAAAGACAACGAAAUUAAAGUUUUACAGACCAAGUUAGCGAUGGCACGAUCUGCAUUAGUUCAUAUAAACGAGUUUGAUCAUGUCAAGGACAGGAGAAAACAAGAAGAAUAUUUGGGACCAAAGUGUCAUAAUACUACUGAAAACCAGCACGUUUUUCAGAUAAUGGAAGAGGAUACAAUUGAGCCUAAUAAUGAAACUGCACUUGUAUUUGCAAAGCAAAACUAUACAGCGGAUUUGGACCUUUUCAAUAAGAUCGUGGACAUCUCAAUCAACGGAUUGAGGAGCAAAGUGAAGAAUAUGAGAGAAAAUAAUAUCGUAGAUCUUGGUAUUUACUCCAUGCUCAAUCCACCACCCAGAGCCAGAGCUGCACCAUCAGAAAAAGGCGUUGGAUUAACUUCAAGAUUUUCAAGAUGUGACGAUAUUCAUCAUAAAUCAGAUAUAUCAAUUGGAGAUAGGAGUUAUUUAAAAAACAAAGGAGAACUCGCAGAAUAUGUUGAUGAGAUUAUUAGCUCUUUCUUGGAAGGUACUAACUCUAAUUGUUCAAUAAUGAUUGUAGGUAUCCAAACAAAAAAGUUAAAUGAUCCAAUCAAUUUCACGAACAUAUUUUAUACUGUAUAUUUGGGCCCAGAGCUAAUCACAAUCAAUAGAAAUUAUGAAACAUAA